CACCUGUCGUUUUGGCACGAGACACUUCUGACUUUUGGACGAAUCAAAUGUUAUUUUUAUGUUAUGAAGGAAGCCGUCGAGUCCGACUUGUAUGUAACUGAUGUACUCUGUACCUACGCCGACCACCAGAGGGCGCCAUUACGGUGAACACUCCGGCAAACAAGUGGUUAAGAAAAAUAUGCAGGGUGCGUGUGUGUGUGCAAGAUGCGCGUGCGUGUGUGAGCUGCUGCUGCUGCUGCUUGUGAUGGUGAUGCGGUACAAGUAAAAUGUGUCCACUUCCAUCGGAGGGAAGGAGCUGCUGCUGCUGCUGCUGCUGCUGACAGCCGCAAAUCGAGCACCUUCCCCGGGCGUCGUGUGGCGAGGAGACCCGCUGCGGACGCCCCCUCCCCAGCCGUGGCGGUAAGCAUGCGGAUGAGUCAUUCCUUGGAGAGACACAACAUGCCCGGAGGUUGUGCACGUUGAAAUUAAACAUCGUAAUUGUUGGUUCUGACAUUUGUAGCGCCCUCGUAAAAUCCCCUAAACCUGUUCGGAUGGCCGCAUACACCUGUUAGGAAACACACGAAUGCAAGUUUAAAAACGUACUGCAGCGGUACGUUCGCGGCCGGCUUUAAUGCAAAUGUGCAGGUGUAGCGUAAAAUAGCCACCAAAACCACCUAGUGGUUUUAUUUGGGGCCUUUCUUGUGACGUUUAUUGUCUCUGAAGAGCGUCAAUGUGCUGCAGCGGAGUCCCAACGUGUGCGCAUGCGCAUAAGGCGGGAGAUCCCAGGGUCGAAACAAACCAAAGUCAGGUUUUUUAUUAAAUGAUUGAUUAUUAUUGUGUGUCCACAUUGUGUGGCGUUUGCUGCAUGAAGCUAUUGUACGUGUGUUAUUACUUAUUGCGCUCACACUUUACAAUAAGGUCAACAAAGGUGGAGUAGUUACAUGAGUUCCUCAUGAGUUCCUCAUGAGUUCCUCAUGAGUAGUGGUCAGGGUUAGGCUUGGGUAGGUUAGUUCCUCGUUAACUACUGUCAUCUUGUGUUCAGCCCAGUCGUUCUCCAAAGUGUGGCCUGGGGAAUAUUUUUGGGUUUUUUUGGCCCGCCGCACAUUUUAAAAAUAUAAUUGAACAAAAAACAACCGAAAACAACCCCCAACCCACCACAGCAAAAAUGAUCAAUUCAGUCAUUUUACAAGAAUAAAGUCAAAAUAUUAAGAGGAAAAAAAAAAUUGAAACGAGAAAAAGAUGAAAUUUUAUGAGGCUAGCGUUGUAAUAAGAGUAAAAAUCAUAUUUUAGUCCCAUGAAGUUGAAACAGCAACAAAAAUAGAUGUUAUUUGUUAGAAGUCAUAAUAUGAGAAACACAAUAAAAGUUGUAAUUUGUGGACAUUUCGGUUGGGGAAAAAGUUAAGUUAAUAUCAUUUCUACUAUUUUGACCCACAACUGUACUCGUGUAGUGCAUCUUUGUUGAUUGUCAUAACACGUAUGUUCUCAUAGUAAUAUCAUGACUUUAUUCUCAUUACGUAGUUGAUUUUUGUGCUCAUGGCUGCACUCUCAGUACUCUUAUACUUUCUCAUAUUCCUACGUUUUUCCCAUAUGAUAUAUUUUUUUCUCACAGUUUUAUGACGUUUUACUGGUGUGAUGACUUUCUUUUCAUAUUGUGACAUCUUUGUUCUCAGCGUGCAUCUUAUUUCUCAUAAAAUGCAACGUUUUCUGGUGAUGUCAGAUUGUUUUUCUCAUUCCGAUGUUAUUUUUGUCAUCCAUCUUUUCUCUCAGUCUUAUGACUUCAUUCUUAAAAGAUGACAGCUUUUUCUUAUAAUAUUACUUUAUAGAUGUUUUCUGUUCUCAUAUGAGUAUGUAACCUUUUUUGUAUUAUAAUUAUUUGUAUUUACGAGAAAAUAUAUUAUAUAAUAUAUUAUAAUAAGGGCUAAUAAUAUUACAAGAGUAAAGUCGUAAAUGUACGAGAAAACAACGUUUGAAAUUUACGAGAAAGAAUUUGUAAUAUUACAAGAAUAAAGUCGCAAAUUUAUGAGAAAAAAAGUUUGAAACCUACGAGGAGACUUGCGGCCUCCUGCGGGUGCCCAGAGUCAGGACCAAACACGGUGAGGCUACGCUUCGGGUGUGUGCUGCCAAAAUGUGGAACAGUCUUCCAGAAGAUGUGCGACGCCUCAGCUUGGGCGACGUUCCAAUCCUGAAAACACGUCUUCUUCUCAACGGAGCAGACGACAACUGAACCGUUUGAUCUGCACUCUUCAUUCUUCAUGUUUAUGGAAUUGAUGCUUCCCCUUUGAAUGACCUUGUGUAAGAUCUGAAGACCCCGUGCUAGCAGGCAUUGCCUGGGACACCUAUGAACACCACAAUUCAUGGAAAAAACCUCCUUUCUCAGAUUUUUCUCAUAAUAAUGCAACUUUUUUCACAUGAAAACUUCCGAAGUACAUUUCUUGGAUCGUAACUACAACUUCAUCCUUUUCCCGAGUUUCGCUCCACGACGUCCCAAGCCUCGUGUUCUUCUUUGCCCGUAAUCAGAGCGCCGUGGACUGCAGUGUGCCUUCUCGUGGUCUGCGGCGGUGUGAGAAUGCACUCAGCUAGCAGGCGAAGUAAAUAUUUCACGGCUCCGGAUCAAUAACGCCCUUAAAUCCAGUCCAUUAAUCAGCGACUCGAGACGCAAAACGUCCUGCCGGAUGAGCCUCACGUUUGUCCCCGGCUGUGAGCCGCAUGUUGCUCCUCUGCAACAUCGCUUUGAGUUGCCAUUGAUUCAAAUGUUGGGUUGCUCUAUGACAUCAGCACCAUGGACGUCAUCGCUGAGCUCAAGGCCUUGUUGGGUGUUCAGUCCAGGUAGCAUCUCGCUACUUUAGCAUCGCAAUCUCGCAUCGCUUGGGUUUUUUUUUUUUUUUUUUUUUUUCCAGUAAAAGAGGUUUUGUGAUUUUUGGGGGUGGAGCGUCUUCGUGAUGAGUGAGGUAGCAUGUUCCAUGGCAUGCUAACCAUUUUCCCCUCAACGUCAACCGCUGAAGCGGUCAACAACACACCUUUGUGAUCUUUUGGGGAACGUUUAUCGUCAGUUAGCAUCAAGCAUCAUCAAGCAGUUAGCAGUUAGCAUCACCCCACAUGCUCAAAGGUAGGUAUGCUAGUAAAGUUGCUAACCAUUUCCCCCCCCACUAUCAGUCAGAGAUAUGAUAUUGAAGGUGACAAACAUAUUUUCUCCCAGGAUUGUUUGGUAGCUGGCAAAGCCCCAUUCAUCAUUAGCUAGCAUCCAGCACGAAGACCUACGACGAGGUCGAGAGCGAUGGCGACCAUGGCGAUCAUGCAGCCUCCCGUGCCGCUGACGGCGCCGGCCCGCUGGUACCUGUACGCCAUCCACGGCUACUUCUGCGAGGUCAUGUUCACGGCGGCGUGGGAGUUCGCCGACCAGCGCAACUGGAAGUUCCCGGGCGUGACCAGCGUGUGGGCGCUCUUCAUCUACGGCACGUGCAUCCUCAUCGUGGAGCGCAUGUACCUGCGCCUGCGCGGGCGCUGCCCCGUGCUGGCGCGCUGCCUCAUCUACACGCUGUGGACGUACGUGUGGGAGCUGGGCACCGGGCUGCUGCUGCGCCAGUUCAACGCCUGCCCCUGGGACUACUCGGCCUUCCGCUACAACUUCCUGGGCCUGAUCACGGCCGAGUACGCCCUGCCGUGGUUCUGCGCCUCCUUCAUCGUGGAGCGCCUGGUCAUCCGCAACACGCUGCGCCUGCGCUUCCACCAGGGACCCGAGGACGUGUGGUCCAGCCCCUGGGUGGACAGUUCCAGGGGCGGGGGGAGAAGGGGCUGGGUGGCCAGCGCUAAUGGCUUCCUAAAAUGGGAUUGAAAGCACCUCCUGCUCCCGUCAGCAAGGGGGAGGGACAACUGUGUGACAUCACCCUAACCCCCUCGCCCCUGCCCCCCGCCCCCGCUCCAAACAUCCACUUUUACCGCAUCAACACAACAAAACCGUCAAACCUUGAGGAGAUCGUUAGCUGCUGACUCCUUCUUCCCAUCUGCAAAUAUGAGUUCAAGUUAGCCCCCCCCCCCCGAAAGCGCCGCCGCUCCACAGACCACAAAUCUUCUUUGCUCACAUUUUGUGUUUUUGAAGGCUUGUUCUGUUGUACUCGCAGCCUCAACGUGUUCCACCGUGUGUGCAAAUAAAGUUUGGAAAAGGAAACGCAAACACGCAAAA